GAUGCGGUACAUACCAUAGGUAAGAUACGACCACACGGGCCGCAUCGGCCCCAGCCGGGCGGCGUCCUGCGCGCCGGCAAGAAGAUCGUCACGCGCGAAGGACGCAUGGAGCCCGUGCCGCCGCGCGCGCUCGAGACGAGCGAGAUCCCGGGCAUCGUGGCGGACCACCGCACGGCCGCGGAGAACGCCCUCAAAGCGGGCUUCGACGGCGUCGAGCUGCACGCCGCCAACGGCUACUUGCUGGAGCAGUUCCUGCACGACGGCAUCAACGACCGCGCCGACCAGUACGGCGGCAGCGUCGAGAACCGCGCGCGCUUCCUGUUCGAGGCACUGGAGGCCAUCCUCGAGAGUCUGGACUCGUCCAAGGUGGGCAUCCGACUGUCCCCGUUCGGCGGCAGCUUCGGCGACAAGGACUCGGACCCCGUCGCCACCUACACGUAGGCUCAACAACUACGACCUGGCCUACGCGCACCUGAUCGAGCCGCGUGGCUACCACGUGCGCAACCCGCUGGCACCCGAGAAGGGCUCGGCGCGGCAGUUCCGCGAGACGUACAAGGGCGUGCUCCUCGCCGCGUCGGGCUUCGACCGUGCAGAUCGUGGAGGAGGGCGCGGCCGACGCCGUGGCCAUCGGCCGCCACUUCAUCUCGAACCCGGACCUGGUGCGGCGCUUCCAACUCAACAAGCCCGUGAACGACUACGACACGGACACGUUCUACCUCGGCGACGCGCGCGGGUACACGGACUAUAAUACCCGUUCCUGCAGGACGAGUAGGUAGAGCAGUAAAGACGACGUAGACAGCAAAAGACGUGCUACUUCCGUAAGACUGCAAGGUGA